UGUGCCGCUCUUGGAUCCAGAUGAGUCCUUCCACAUUGCCAUGGUGGCCCUGCAGAACCACAAGUCCCAGUAUGCCCUGCUCUGGCUCCAGGAGACCUUCAGGCAGCUGGAGGAGGGCAUCCCAGCCCUGGUGACCAGGAGAGAGGUUCUGACCUACCUGGGUCCCCUAGCCUUUCAGAUGGGCAAUCUGCCUCUAGCAUUGGAGCUAAUGCAACAGUUGCAGGAGCUGGACCCCAGUAGCAUGCAGACCAUGGUGCACCUGGCCUACUACAGAACCCUGAGAGAGAGCAUCCAGUGUGGGAGCCAGACACAAACACCCUCAUUGCCCUCAGAUGCACCCGUGGACAUCUUAACACUAAUCAAACCAGCAAGCGAAACCUCAUACGAAUCUCUUUGCAGAGGGGAGGGCAUCAAAAUGACCCCAAGGAGAGAGAAGACAUUGCGGUGCAGGUACAGCACUGGUAGAGGCAAUCCUCGGCUCAUCUAUGCCCCUAUAAAAGAGGAGCAGGAAUGGGACCAUCCACUAAUAAUACGAUAUCAUGACCUUGUAUCUGAAAGGGAGAUUGAGACCAUAAAAAACCUAUCCAGAUCAAAGCUUGACAGAGCAAAGGUGUCAGACCAUGUCACAGGGGAAAGAUUUUCAACUGAAACCCGUGUGGCUAAAAGUGCUUGGCUGGCUGAUGAGGACAACCCUGUCAUUUCCCGUGUUACCCAGAGAAUGGCUGACCUGACUGGGCUGGACAUGAAGGCAGCAGAGAUGCUCCAGGUUGCAAAUUAUGGGAUUGGGGGCCAAUAUGAACCACACUUCGACUACAAGCUGACCAAUGACACAGACUACAUGACGAGGGGUGGCAGGAUCGCAACCAUCUUAAUCUAUAUGAGUGAUGUGGAAGUGGGUGGAUCGACUGUGUUCCCUGAUAUAGGCGCUGCUCUACGACCACACAAGGGUUCAGCGGUGCUGUGGUACAACCUUUUGCAGAAUGGAGAGGAGGAUGCUAGGACCCUACAUGCUGCAUGCCCUGUGUUUGUGGGCAAUAAAUGGGUUGCCAAUAAAUGGGUACGGGCCCAUGGACAGGAGUUUAGGAGAAGAUGCUCUUUGUCCCAGAUGGACUGAGACUGGAGGCAGGAUGGAUUCUCCCCUCAGCUUACCUACACAUUCCUGCACAUUUUAUCAUUGUUACUCUCCUUGGCCUCAGCUGGCCACCUGUGGGAGGGACCCAGUGAAUCCCACAAAAAGCACCUUUCAAGUGUUUGUGCAGUGAAGCAGGACAAGAUGUCAACAAUACCAAGCUGACAUUUUAACCUGUGUGCCACUUAGUUAUUUUUGACAUUAAUUGUCAAGGAUUAUAUGGUUAGCCAGGUAGUCCAUAGAGUAGUUUACGUGAUUGAUUUGAUAAACAUUGAAAUGUGUCUCAACAUCUCUGCAAGAUCUGCAUUCUCAAUGUAAAAUACAAAUACAUUGUAGAAGACAGAGUAAUAAAAUAUUUGGACCAAGAA